GUGGUUUUGUACUUAGACAUUUUAAUUCCGAGCGAUGAUAGCGAAGUGAUAUCGCGCGUGAUAAAAUUUGCAUUUACCGCCGCAAGCAUAGGAAUCGUUCUGUUUUAAGUGGCUUAGCGUACAAGCGUGCACUUCUUUCUUUUCAAUCGGUGACUCACAUGGAAUUACCAUUGGCAUUCUGUUCGGUUCUCAUCUCAGUAGACCGUGAACCAUUGGCGAGGGAGGACGUGACUCUAAGCUACUCGUCAGUGACGCGCCAUGUGACGAUCGGUAGGCAUGCAAAGUUGAAAGUGACUAUCAUCAAGUGUUUCAGCUUUCCGUAUAUACAGACGUAUAUAUUUCCUCGAGAAAUGUACAGAUAGGAAUACGGAGAAUUUUAUUAACGAUAAUUACAAAGUGCGAAGUCACUUUAUGAAUAAUUAAUUGACACAUAAUUCAAAAUUGUCGAGACAAAUCAAUCCGAUUUGGUAUCGUUAGCAAAAAAGUGAGAAUUAACACUUUGUGUUAAAAAAUUAAUUAUCAAAGACGAGAAAUGACUUGGUGCGAAGAAAACGAAUUUCUUCACAUACUGCCGAGACCGGCGAGACGGAUUGUUUGGUCUUGGCAGGCUGAAAAUGGCACGGUUUUCCAAAUACCGAAAAAAAAUUUACAAUCGACAACCGAGUGUUUCAUCGAACUGACGAACAUUUCUGUCGCUGUUCUUACAACACUCGUCGUCGCACUUUUAAUUUUCAAGUACAGGUGCGGCGUGAAACAAAAGCCUUUUAUGACGCUCUUGCCGCUUCACAAGAGCAGAACCUUGCUUUGUAUUUUAUUAUUGACAAUUCUCUUGUUGGAACUAUGUGAAUCCGUACUGACAUCGGUUUCAUUGUCGUCGAUCUUGAUACUGAUCGCCGUGCUAUGUUGCUGGAUAUUGCAUCGCGAAACCGAGGUCAGAGAUGGUUUCGGUACCAUUGCGUCCGGCGGUGGAUUUACGAUAAUUGGUCUCUCGCGAGCGUGGAGGCUUUUCUACUUGUGCAGAUUCGAUUUGUCCAUCGAACACGUUCGUGUUGCAACAACAGCAAUUACCGUCGCUUGUUGCGGAUUGCUCGCCAUUAUUGACUCUUACACACUUUAUCGCGUGAUGCAGAAAACCAAACGGUAUUACACCGUUAAGGGGUCCAAUAACACACGGAACUCUUACGUGCAUUCCGUCUCGCCGUUCGUCAGCAGAAUCACCUUUUACUGGGUGACCGGUCUGCUGUCGCGCGGCUAUCGCGCAUCACUCGAACUUCACGACCUCGGUCAGCUUCCGGACGAGGAAACCGCGAGGAACCAGUUCGAACGUUUCCGUGACAUCUACGAGACCGAGAAGCUGCGAAACUGCGGGCGGAAAUUGUCCUUAUGGAAGUGUUUCUGGAAACAAAUAUGGUUGACUUUCGCGACUAGCGGUGUUCUGAAGCUUUUCGGGGACGCUACGACUUUAAUAGGCCCUAUGGCGAUUUCGCAGAUUAUUAAUUACGUAUCGGACCUGCAAGACAGCGUUAGAUCGCACGAAAGUGUUCCUUCAAAGGGAAGCAUGACAUUUUCGCAACUCGGAAAAAACGGAUAUUUCUUAGGGAUUGUAGUUUUUUUUGCAAUUAUCUUGCAAAGCACACUGAGCCAGACAUCCACUCAUAUACUUUACGUAGGAGCAAUACGUUUGCGAACAGCUCUUCAGGUGUUAAUUUACGAUAAAGCGCUUCGAUUGUUUUUCUGGAAUAUCUCUGAGGAAGAGAAGUCACUCGACAAAGAGAAAGAUCAACAUCACCAACGACAAUCAGCCGACAUUGGAACUUUGACAAACCUAAUGGCCGAAGAUGCGUACAACGUAAUGAGUUUCUUCUGGAUCGGUCAUUACAUAUGGGCAAUUCCAUUCAAAAUUAUUGCUAUCGUCUUCCUUUUGUAUCUGAAAUUGGGUAUCAGUGCGAUUGCGGGACCUAUUUGCUGUAUAUUGAUCGUUACGCCGAUGCAGCUCGUUCUCGGAAAACAAAUGUCCGAAAAUUCGAAAUUUAUAGCAGAGAAAAGCGAUACGCGUCUUCGUCUAGUUAAUGAAAUUCUUCAAGGAAUGCGACUCAUUAAAUUGCGCGCCUGGGAAAAUGUCUUCGAAGAUCGCGUAUGCGAAACUCGAGAUCAGGAAUUGAAGCUACUGAACAAGGACUCUGUGUACUGGGCGCUAAUUAACUUUUUGACGCACGUUUCCUCCGUUCUGAUGACUCUCUUCACAUUUGGAAUUUAUUUCUGGCUAGAGGAACGAAAUCUUGACGCGGGGAAUGUUUUUGCCAGUCUCGCGCUCUUUUCUCAGCUGACCGUGCCGCUCUUCAUCUUUCCGGUGAUAGUGCCGAUUAUCAUCAACGCCAUGAUUUCGACAACGAGAUUGGAGAAUUUUCUCGAACUGCCGGAAAUUGUGAAUAUUCUUCCGAAACCGAUCAAUUAUAAAUCGUCUAAAGACACACUGUCAAGUUCGCGUACCGAUAACGAUGCAGAGGUCGUUAUCAUCGAUACAACUUUUCGAUCGCUCGACAACAUUGAGGAGGGCGAGGAAAAUAUUGUCGAAGUGCCGAAUUUGCACGACAUCGGUUCUGCAAUGUGCUUGUCGGUCGAUACGGUAUUUGAGAAGGAUCCGGAAGUUCCGGAAUACGUUCUCAAAAUUACAUCGAGCAUCUUCACCUGGGGAUCCGACGAAACCACGUUGAGGGUCAGGGCUCUUAAUUUUCCGGGGGAACAACUGACGAUGAUAGUCGGAAAAAUCGGAAGCGGAAAAACUUCGUUGCUGAUGGCACUCUUGGGAGAGAUUCAGAGAACGAGCGGAAACAUCGAAUGGACCAAAGGUUUGAAGAUCGCUUACGUGUCGCAACGACCGUGGCUUCAGAACACAACUUUGAGAGACAAUGUUCUCUUCGGUUCGGCGUACAGAUCGCAAAGAUAUCGCAAUGUGUUAGACGCGUGCUGCCUACAACCGGACGUGGAUAUACUUCCUGAUCGAGAUUUGACCAGGAUAGGUGAGAAGGGUAUCAAUUUGAGCGGCGGACAGAAGCAAAGGGUCGCUAUAGCCCGAGCGCUUUACAGUGACGCCGAUGUCAUUCUCAUGGACGACCCACUGUCGGCGUUAGAUCAACAUGUUGGUAACCAGAUUUUCGAUCAAGGUGUGAAAAAGUUCUUGCUAAGAAACGGUCGAACGGUGAUCAUGGUCACUCACAAAGUGGAGCUCUUGUCGGCUGCUCAUCAGGUCAUUGUGAUGGACGACUGUCGAGUUCGCGCUGUAGGAACAAAAUUCAGUAUCGAGAACAGCGACGCCGAAUUGGCAGCCGAAUGGCGAAUCGCGAAUUCCAGACGGGAGAACGAAACUCGUUUUCAAAAGACUGCCAAGGACAGAUGGUCCCUGAUUAGAUUAGUUUCUAGAAUUGGGAUUAACGUAAAGAACAAGCACGACGGAUUGUGGAUCAUCGAUCGUGAUGCUUACGUGAAUCCGUCGACGUUUGUACCUUUGAGAUCGCGUCAAGCAAUUUUAUGCAGGUCACGAUAUUUGAGUCACGAUCUCACGGAUCUUCCGGUGCCGGAGGAAUGGAGUACCGCAUCGAAGCCGAAACGAUCGAAGACGCAUCGUGAUAUCACAUCGAUGAUGAUUCUUCAAUCGGUAAAGCGGCCGAGGGUUCAACGACAAAGGAGCGCGCCGAUAAUGAUCGAAAAUCGAUAUUUCACUUCGAGAAGAAACAACACUUACCACAACGGGCAACACAAUAUCGCACCGAAACAAGUUUCUCUACAAAGAUAUCCAGAAGAAAUUACGAACAGAGACAGAAGUAUUCUGCGCCGAUUGAUAUCAGGUUCCAGCAAAAUAAAUCAGCACGAAGAACACAGUCAUCGUCCAGUGAAGCAAUUGUUAUCCACGGAAUCUCAAUUGAGCAACGAUAUAGAUAACGUAGAAGAAAUCCCGAACGACGACGAGGACGUGGACGAACAAGAUGACUUCGAAAUAAACGAUAAGAGCGGGAUGGUCACUCGAAUGAUCUGGAUAGAAUAUCCGAAGGCCGGCGGAUGGAUACCAGGAAUCGUUUACGUCAUAGCGGCACUGGCCUGUCAAGUCGUUCGCGUGUACACCGAUCUCUGGUUGAGCCGGUGGAUAGAUGAAAGCGUUCAUUUGUCGGCAAACGAGCAGCAUGAUACGGUGAUGUACUGCACGACGUACAUCAUCAUAUCAGUGAUUUCUAUUUUUUUGUCACUUCUGUACAAUGUGGCAGGUCAGUGGGCAGGCGCGAGAGCGAGGCACAAGUUGCAUAAGGAAGCUGUUUCCGAACUUCUCAGAGCUCCCAUUUCCUUCUUUGAUUCCACUCCCAUCGGAAAGAUCUUGAACAGUUUCAGUGUCGACAUGGCAGUUAUAGAUAAAAAAAUCUCUACGUCGAUUAAAAGACUCACGUUUUUCGCGUUACUCUGCGGCUCGGCGAUAAUCGUUAACGUUAUCAUCGCACCGUGGUUUUUGAUUGCCGCUGUGCCAACAAGCUGCGCUUAUUACAUAGUACAAAGAUUCUACAGACGGAGCGCUAGGCAACUGCAACAGUUAGACGGCAGCACAAGAGGACCGGUAGCAGCGCAUUUCUCGGAAACUUUAUCCGGACUUCCGACACUGAGAGCAUUUAAGCAGGAAGAUCGCUUCAUGGAGGAGACAAUGAGGCGUCUCGACGUAAACACCAACGCGUUUCUUCUUCUAAACAGCAGCAGCAGAUGGCUGGGCAUCGUAUUGGAUUAUCUGGGUGCUGUUAUCGUCGUGACAGCGAUUUGCGCGGCUUUAUUUUCCGCAAAAUUAUAUCCGCACAGUGUGACACCCGCUCUGGUGGGUCUGGCGAUCAACUACACCCUUGUAAUACCGAUAUAUCUGAACUGGGUGGUCAAGUUCACCGCCGAUAUCGAAAUGUACAUGGGAAGUGUGGCCCGAAUUUCCGCAUACAAGAACACGCAGUCGGAGAACUAUCGGGAAAGUGCUUUGCAGGUAAGCGAUAACUGGCCCGAUAAAGGUGAGAUUGUUUUCGAAAACGUUUCUCUACGUUACGAGACAGAUAGAAAUCCGGUGAUCAGAAAUUUGUCCUUAAAAAUUCCAGCUGGUCAAAAGUUGGGUGUUUGUGGCAGAACCGGUAGUGGAAAAUCAUCGGCCGCAAUGGCCCUUUUUCAACUGAUCGAAAUCAGCCAAGGACGCAUUUUGUUGGACGGAAUCGACAUUCGACAAGUGCCACUUCGAAUCUUGCGAUCGCGGCUAUCGGCCAUAGCGCAAGAUGCUACAAUGUUUAGCGGCACGAUUAGGGAUAAUUUAGAUCCACUUUCGGAAUACGACGACGAGGAAAUCUGGCAUGCUCUCGAACUCUCCCAAAUUAAGGACAUCAUAGCUUCACAUCCUGAGGGAUUAAAACUUGAGGUACGAGAAGGCGGCGAAAAUUUCUCAGCCGGUCAGCUCCAACUUCUUUGUAUGGCGCGGACAAUUCUACAGCGGUCGAGUAUUGUCGUUCUCGACGAAGCAACCAGCGCGCUCGACGUAGCCACCGAAAAGUCGCUUCUAAAAGCGGCUGCUGCCGCUUUCGAAGACAAAACUGUGAUUAUUAUCGCGCAUCGAGCAGCGGCUUUGUUAGACUGCGACCGCAUCGUCGUGUUCGACGAGGGCAAGAUCGUCGAGGAAGGAUCACCGAAGGACUUAAUGCAGAGGCAAUACGGAAUCUUUCCGGCAUUGAUCAAAGAAAUUGAACAAAGCGAUUAACGAUGACAAUCACAAAAGAAAUGAAAAAGCACGUGUCAAAUGGGACUUUACUCUUAUUACAUACUUAACGGACUUAAGAUAAAACUUGAAAGACUGCUAGAUAAUGCGUAUACUACGAUUAUGUUUUUAUAGAGGAAUAAUGCGUGAAACUUUUUAAUUUUUAUAUUAGUAUACAAGAGUGCGCCAGGUGGUACAACUGGGAGAAAGAUACUUCUUUGAGCAAACAAGUUGAAAAUGUUUGAAACAAGAAUUUUUUUAUGCGAGACUCAAGUCUUCAAGAAAACUAGUUUGAAAAAUUGAAACAUUAUCUUCAUUUUGCUUGAUUUAAUAAUAAUUUGUAUCGAAAUAUAUUUGAUAAGAUC